AUGAAAGGGAACACUUCAAACCCUUCUUUGCGAACCUUUUAUGUCUUGGAAGAGCGAGAGAGAGGCGUUCAAAGAGGAGAUAGCAAUACAGAGAAACCAGAUCUGAAGCAAGAGAGAUCGGAAAACAAGGAGGAGCAUGAAUCAGAGAAACCUGUUUUGGUUUCAGGCGAGGAGUCGGACCGGGAGAACCAGGCGGUGAAUGAGUCGAAUUCGACCGAGUCCGAUGGGAAGGGUGGAGUAGAGGAUGCGUGGUGCAGGGAGGAGGAAGGGGGAGGUGAUUGUGGAGGGGAGGAGUCGUGUGAGUUAGGUGACUCUGGGACUCAGUGGAGUGGUGAGUCUGAGUUCGGGGAGGAAGAGGAAGAGGAAAAGGAGGGACAGAAACGGUCAGCGAUAGUAAACGAUGGCUUUUUGUUCGAGUAA